CCCUCAGUAAGCAUGCGCACCUAACCCACCCCGUCUUUGACCUCGACCACUCGGUGCCUCAGAGCCUCAUCAAUGGCCUAGACACCAUGUUCUUUGCCGUCCCGCAGCCCGAACUUGUGAAUCCCGCAUUGUUACACUUCUGAAACUCCAUUCUACCAUGGGGUCAGGCUGAUUGCCCUCUUUGCCCACAACAACUUCUACCUCGGAGCCCAGAUCCCGCCGCCUUGAUUUGGUGUCGUGCGCUAAUAUGCAUUUCCUCCCCGUAGUAAACAAGGCUAGAAAGGUCCGGGCUGUUCCCUCCCCCAGUGCACCGUUGCAUCUAAGGCUCCGACGCUGAUGGUUACAUGGCUGCUGCAGCCCAAGUUCGAUGUCCAUCUCAAGGCAAGUGCUACAAGCGAGCAACGAAGUGAUAAAUGGGCGGUUGUGCUGAUCGGGGCUAGAUUUCCGAUCUCAACAAUGUGCCACUCGUGUCCGGAGUGUCGAUGGUCAAAUGGCAUCUCCCGCACAGUAUACACGGGGAGCACAGGGGACGAACCCAGAAGUGCCCCAUCUUGAACCACCGUGUCGAGUACAACUAUUCCAAGGUCAUCCCCGUGCGCAUUGCUGUCGACCGUAGCGGCAACCUGUGCGAGUGCCCCGUCGAGUUUGAGGUGGUGCAGGAGUUCAGCGCCGGCGGGCUGAAUGGCGGCAGUGGACGGGAUGAGAAGAUCACGCUCGGCACCGUCCGCCUCAACCUGAGUGAGUAUGUGGAGGAAAGCGAAGGUAUCUUGCGAGAUGGCACGACCGCGGCGGCCAUCAAGGAGGCUCUUGCUUCGCCCGUCCAGAAGUCAGCGAGCCACCACCGCAAGCGCAGCUCGCAGAGCAAUGCCGGAUCGAGCCCCAGGACUUCCCACGACGACGAGCGCCCAACAACAGAUGCCGUGCAGGACGGCGUGGUGCGGCGCUACCUCAUGCAGGAGAGCAAGAUCAACUCGACGCUGAAGAUCAGCAUCCUGAUGAUCCAGGUCGACGGCGACCGCAACUACGUCGCGCCUCCGCCAAAGUCGGCUUUUGUGUUUGGCGGCAUUGCGGGCCUCGUGUCCGGAGACGUAUUCGAGCCCGUGGACACCGGCGCAACCACCCCGGGCCACGCGCCGUCGUCUUUCAGCGGCAAGUCGCGGGAUGUGUUUGAGGUGCAGGAUAUGUACCGCCGCGCUCUGGCUGCCAGCUGGGCGAGCCAACCGGGCGAGCUACCUGCGGACCGGUGCAUCGAGGACAUCUUUGCCGGCGGAGAGGGCUUUGCAUCACCCCCGAGAUCAUCCCACCACGCACGCGGACAUUCGCGGCACCACCACCGCCCCCACAGCGCCGUUGCCGGCCAUGGCAGGGCCGGGCCAGGUGAUGCGCCUCCUAAAGCACCGCGAGGAGACGACAGCGGCUCCGUCUCGGACGAGGAAGACAGCGGCUCUCUGAUGGGCACACUCCGGCCGCGCGAUCUGGCGCGCCUCCGCAGCAUGCGCCACCUGCGUGAUCAGAGCGUCGCCAGCGAUCGCAGCGUGGCUACCGUGCUUGGUGGCGGCGGGGAACGGGAUCUCGACCGCGAGUCGAGCCGCGGUAUCGGGCUGGGCGCGAAUGGGCCGCUUCGCGAGCCGUUCCCGUCCUUUUCGUCGCUUCCCAUGCAUCGACGCGAGGAGAGCAAGAUCACGCACGCCGGCGGCGGACUACGGAGUCGCAGUUCCAGUCUGGUCAGUCUCGCGUCUACGCUGGGAAGUGAGAGGGAGAGGGGAAGGGAAGGGUUCAAGCGGGCGAGGGAGGUUGAUGAAUUUGAGGUACGAGAUGAUUUGGUUGCCUGGACAAUUCCGGGUCCCCAUCCUAAGUGAACAUGGAUGGGAUGGUCAAGCGACAAGGAGGUGUGGACAUAUAGAUCUGAUGGGUUUUGCUGCACGGCGAAAUUUGGCGACAAGCAAUCUACGACUACCGGCCACUGUUUUAUGUAUUUAAAUAUAGAGAGUGUGUCUGUCUCCCGUAAAAGCUCCCAGGGAGAAUUUCCAUCCAUCCAGCUGAGAAUAAGGUAGGACGGAGGGGUACUGCUUCCCGUCUGUUGUUAUGGUCCAGAUCACCGCCGAUUUGCCUGCGCAAUCUUGACAUCACCUUUUGUAGACAGCCAGCUCAGCAUCGAAGAGAGCCAGGGAAGCGUCGACUG